GUCUCGCGAACGCAAGUAACAAAUCUCGCGAUAACCAACAUGGUGGUAAGGUGGACAAAAUAAUAUCAACAAAAAGUAUUUUCUUCCACGAUCUUGUCUACAUCAAUGACAGAUUAGAAUUAGCACUCUCUGGUGAAAAACAACCAUGUUAUUCCUCCGCACUUCUUCGGCAGCCAUUGUGCUCUGCAGAGUCUCCAGGACCUGUGUGCUACUGCCUAAUGCCAGACGCCUCAGUUCAAAAGAGACACAGCAGGCUAUCGCUAAGGAACUGGCUGCCAUGGAGAAAAGGGCAUCACUACAGGCAAGCAACUCUUUGAAAAGGAAACGCAAACCUACCGAUCCAAAGGUCUUGUAUUCAAACUUUGGACACCAAAGACCAAGAGAUAGCAAGACACAGAUUAUAUGUCUUUUUUCUUUAGGAUGUGCAGUUAUAUAUUAUAUGUUUUUCAAUGGACCUGACGAGGUAAAGGAUUGGGUUGACUCCAAGACAUCAAGUAAGGCUAAAGAGGUGGAGGGAGAACAACCACAGGUGGUCGAACAGCCUGAGGGAGAGGAGGAGGAGGGAGAUAAGAAGAAAAAGAAAAAGAAAGUUGGAUUUAGAGACCGAAAAAUCAUUGCCUAUGAGGACCGCAUACGAGCCUAUUCUACCCCAGAUAAGAUAUUCCGCUACUUUGCCACCUUGCAGGAGCAGGAUUCAGGGGAAAUCUAUAUGACUCCUGAAGAUUUUGUGAGAUCUCUUACUCCAGGAAUGAAACAGCCAGAAGGGCUUGGGCUUGAUCAGUUUAAAAAGUUUGAUAUUAAGGAAUAUGAACACCUUUAUUUGAAGGACAGUGUUGCGCGUAAUGUAUCCCAAGACAGUGUGUUUAAUGCACUCGGGGAACAUGCCCUUGUAGCAUUUAACGACUAUAUUUUUCUCCUAACUUUAUUGUCCGCUCCACAAAAGCAGUUUGAACUGGCCUUUAAAAUGUUUGAUCUGAAUGGAGAUGGAGAGUUGGAUUUUGGAGAGUUUGAAAAGGUUCAGGGUGUGAUCCGUGCUCAGACCAGUGUGGGUCAGAGACACCGCGAUACAGGAGACAGUGUGAUAAAGCACACCAACACAGCUCUGGCUUGUUAUUUCUUUGGACCCAAAUGUGACGGCAAACUGACCGUUGAGGAGUUCCUCAAGUUCCAGGGCAAGCUGCAAAUGGAGGUCAUGAGACUGGAGUUUGAAAAAUGUGAACCAGAAGAUGGAAAGAUAACAGAAAGAGAUUUUGCAAUGAGUCUCAUCAUGUAUGCAGGCAUGUCAGAUGUCAGAAGGACCAAGAUGCUGAAGAGGAUAAAGAAGAAAUUCAAAGGAGAGGCUUCACAGGGCAUCACCUUUGAGGACUAUGUAAAGUUCUAUCACUUCUUGAAGAACAUUGGAGAUGUGGAUACUGCUUUGACCUUCUACCAUAUAGCAGGGGCCUCUAUUGAUCAAGAAACAUUAAAGCAUGUAGCAAAGACAGUGGCUGGAGUUGACCUAGGUGACCACAUAGUAGAAACAGUCUUCACACUCUUUGAUGAGAAUGAGGAUGGUGAACUAAGCAACAAGGAGUUUGUGUCUGUGAUGAAGCAGCGGAUGAUGAGAGGGCUGGAGAAACCAAAGGACACUGGGUUCUUCAAGCUGCUGAAUGCAGUGUACAAAUGUGCCAAACACCAGUCCACGCACAUAUUUGAGUGAAACUGUGGUCAUCAACAACAUUAGUGGCUGAUUAAUUAAGGCUACAUGCUCUAUAUCUACAAUUAUUGGAGUUAAGAUCUCACUCCCCACAAAAAGAAAAAAAAUGAAGAGAAUUGCUGGCAAGUUAAACUGCAAGGUGUUUUCUGCUAAGUGUUUUGCCAUAUCUAACAUCAGUGGCUGGAGAUCUUUGACUACUAUCUCUCUCUCUCUUUAUAUAUAUAUAUAUAUAUAUAUACCAUUUGCAGAUCCCCCCUCCCCCUUCAAAAAAGGGAGGACCGACUAGUUCCACUGCUAGAUAUGUUUGCCAUAUUGAGGUAAUAUAAAUAUAUCUAGUUACAAUGUCAAGAUUCCCAAAGUAGCUAUGUUAAUGGUGAAGUAAGCUCAUGAAUAAGUGAGUGCCUUACACAGCAGUUUUACUUAUUCUAUGAAGUUGAUAUAAAUAAGACCAGAACAAAUAGUGCAACAGAAAUGUUCAUGGUGUUCAUCUGCAGGUCGCCUAGAAAGACCUUCAAAUAUUUUACAUUGAAGUUAGGAUAAUAUUCUGAUACAGAUAUUUCUUUUAACAAAUUGUUGUAAUUUCUAAUCAAUAUUUUCCAAUAUUCAGUUGUUAUUGAUCAUUUGCUCCAACUUUUUUAUACA